CCUGUAUAACAGACCAAUAAAAAGAGGGUCAAAUCAAACUUGACUCUUUGUAGUGUGCACGCUACGAUGCCAUACAAAAUGAAAACCACCUUACGAAUAAUUGAUUGGGCUUUUCCAUUUUCCAGAGUGGCGUGUAAAAAAUCGGAGAACUGCACCUCUCCAUUGUAUUAUGCGCUGGCUGCUUCUCAUGUGCGGCCCUCUUCUCGUUGUCGCGGUGCCUCGUUUCGAUCCCACGGCCCUCCUCAGAGACGUGUUAGUGCCCGCCGACGCGGCCGUCGGCUCGGUCAUCUACAGGUUGAGGGCUAGCGACCCCACGUUCGAUUAUCCUUUGGCGUUCGCCGUGGUGGGACAGUCGAGCAAUGUGGACGUAGAGAGCUUGAACUGCAGUAGAUUUAAUUCGGUAUGCCAAGCCAACGUAAUUUUAAAGAAACGCCUAGAGGCUGGUCGGUUUUACGACUUUACCGUAGAAGCAAGAAGCCAAAGAAACGAAUUUUCAACACUAAACUGUUCAUUUCGGGUUACAAACGCCACAACGCCGAUGGAGAAAAUUUUUCCUGGAGCGCCGAGCUUAUUAUCAAUUUCAGAGGCUGCAAGAAGAAACGUAGAGCUUGGAACGAUUCUGGCGAAGGGAAACCCGAAAAGCUCCAGGGCCGUACUGUUGGAAUUGUGGGGUUCCCCGCAAUUCGGACUGCGCCAGAAAUUGGUGACCGACCGAGAUGCUGAGGGUACCGUUUUGUUAUUAAGUUCUUUGGAUUAUGAGAAGAAGACUGUACAUCACCUUACUUUGUUGGCUAAUGAUCCAUGGACAAACAUGGAAGAAGAUACUAGGAACAUAGCGAGUUGGCCUUUGCUUGUAGCUGUACUAGAUGAACAAGAUACUCCGCCAGCAUUUACCAUAGCUCCUCCUACCACUACACUUAGCUCUAGUCUAAAUCCCGGCGAUUUAAUCCUGAGAGUACACGCGGAAGACGGCGACAAGGGGAAUCCCCGAGAAAUUCGAUAUGGUUUGGUCCCAGAUAAGAAUCCUUUCGUUACGUUUUUUAAUAUGGAUGAAGCGACUGGAGAACUUCGUCUGGCACGACCCCUUUCGCAAAUCCUCUCAAUCUCCCAUUCGGGGCAGCCAAUUCUUUUGACAGUAGUAGCAGAAGAGGUUCGUUCCAACCCCACUGAAGCCCCAGCUCAGUCUGCAACCGUUCAGUUAGCUCUGAUACCGCCAGGCGUUACAGCUGGUCAACCUACAUUCGGCGCCAUCGAAUACAAUGCUCUCCUGGACGAAAAUUCCCCGCCUGGCACUGUGUUGGAUCUUCCCCAAGCUGAGGUGAAUAUCCAACCUGGUGACGUCGUUACUUUGGAGCUGAAGAACAAUAAUGGUACUUUCGAUAUUUCUCCAAAAGUCGUAGAAGGCAAUUCAAAAUUUCAAGUAACCGUAAGAAACUCCAAAUAUUUAGACUACGACGCAAGACAAUCAGUAGAGUGUUACAUAGUCGCUAAAGAAAUCGGGGCAGGGAAUUACACAUCCAAAGCAAAAUUAACAGUUUUUCUAAACGACGUUAACGACAAUCCUCCAAAAUUUACCGAAGAAGAAUAUCACGGUAGCGUACAAGAACACGCAAAAAUUGGAACUCACGUGCUGCUAGUGGAAGCAGUUGAUGUGGACAAGAAACCUAGUAGCAAAGUCCAGUACACAAGCUUACGAGGCGAAGGUAGUGAUCUCUUUAGAAUAGAUCCGGACACUGGAUUAAUAACGGUAGCCGAUUCAUCUAAAUUGGACGCAGAAACGAUUCCAUUGGUAACUUUAACAGUAGAAGCUGCAGAUGAAAAUGGUAAAGGUCUAAAAACGAACAGCAGCGUAAUUAUCAAACUUACCGAUGUCAAUGAUAAUCCACCAAUAUUUGAAAGAGAUAUAUACGAGUUUAUUUUAAAACAAGACGCAACCGGUUUUACCACACCAGCAAUUAUCAAAGCUACAGAUAAAGAUGUUAGUUCACCAAAUAAUGAAGUCCACUACGAAAUUAUUAAUCUACCAGAAAACCUUUACAUAGAUGAAAGAUCUGGAGAAAUUUUAGUUAAACAGUCAUUGGAAUAUACUGACAUGGUAGUACUAAGAGCAAGAGCUUGGGAUGGCGGCGUACCGAGGCUUUACAAUGAGUGCGAAGUUAGAAUCUAUCCACCGGAAGGCCAAACAAGAAAAAUGGUAUUUAUAGUACCAGGAUCGAAUCCGAAUCUAGCAGACGUAGAAAAAACUUUAAGAACCUUAACAGGAGCAAAAGUACAUAUUGACAGAAGUAGACCUUACAACGGUCACGAACCAGGAGCUACCUACGUCGCAAAUGAAGAAGACAAAGAGAGGAGUGUCGUGGAGGCCACUGUAACAUUCUCAAAAGGAUCCGUUGUCGAUUUAAACGAAAUUAACAAAAUCAUUAACCAAAGGGUCGAAGAAAGUCGUAUUAUAAAGGAAAAAGAAAUUAUAAGAAUCAAAGAGAGCAGCGGUAGCAACCUUCUAUGGCUGUUGAUCCUCUUCUUUAUCUUUCUAAUAAUCGCCAUCAUAGCAUUAAUACUUUGCUGCCUUUGUAAACAAUGCCCGCUCUAUCACUACGUUCUUUAUAAAAAAAGAAAACAAACUCCUGCGGUAGAAAAAAUAGAAAAGGUUCAUAUAAUUGGAACAGGAGAAGGUAGGGACAACAAAUCGGUUCAAGUAGCCGAAUGGUUUGGUAGAAAGGAAGCCUGGACGCCAGACCACGGCGUUGAAAUCGAAAUUGAUGAUUCCUUAAGAAGGCACGAAUUCGACAGAGGAUCUGACCGUGGUGGAGUAAAAAGGACGCUCCAUCGUCAAAGUGAAGUACAACAAGAACCAUUCAGAGAUCAAUUUUAUAUUAGAGAAGGGAACGCGGAUAUUUUGCGAUUAAUAACAAGAGGUGGUGAACAACAAAGAGCUCCUAAUUUGGCGACGGAACAGCAAUAUAUGGCUGACAGUGGAAAGGAUAUUUUAAUGCGGAGGUAUAUAGAGCAACAGCAAGCUGAAGCUAGAAAUCAGGUUCUCCUACCUAAUGCAGUGAGGGCGCAAAGCGAACACGAACUAUUAGAAGCUUCCCUUCGCCAGCAAAACGCCCUCUUGCGGCAAAUCCUGUUGGAUCGAGAACGGGAUUUGCGAUUAGAAACUCAAUCGUUACCGGCCGGCACGCAAACGGAUCAAGAUGCCGGAACCCAAACGGAACCUCAGUAUUUACGACCGCCUCGUCGAGAAGUCAGAUCCGAUCAUGAUCAAAGCGACUAUAGCGAUGAAGAUGACGAGAUCGCUAUAAUCAAAGCGAGAGCUAAACGAAGAAACGGACGAAAGGGGCAUAUAAGACGUAAGAUAAAGACUCCCAUACAAGAAGAGGUGGAGUUGGAGAUUGUGGAAAAGCCGCAGAGUGAGAAGCACAGAUACAGGCAAACUAGAACCAGUGAAAUGAGACAAAAUCGAGCUCCAACCGAAAGCAAACCGCACAGAUCCAAUUCCUCUAAGUCUGGUUUGAGAAAAGAAAUCUUGGAGGAAAUAUCGGCUUCGUUAGACAACAGCUACGAGAGUGAGAGUGGUGAGAAAACGAAUGAAACGCGCCAACCAAAAGAAAAAUACUACAAGAGAAAAGACUUAUUUUCAGACGACAGUCUUAAUAUAUCUCCUAGAUCUGAUGAGAAAACUAGUACUGAUUCCAACAAACUGAAAUAUCAUUCAGAAUCUGAUUUAAGGCUGAUAUCUUCUAGAAGUAAUAGGAGAUCUUCGGAGAGUUCGAAUAAAGUCAAAUUAAAGGCGCAGAGUGAGUUAGAUUUAAACCAAAUUUCUACCAAGAAGAAGAAAACGACGACGAAGAAAGCAGUUAAAAAUGGAGGACCCAGAUAUAUGGAUUGGUACAAAAAAAACGAAGAUCCUAAGGCAGACAAAAGGGAUCCACCAGAAAGUAGCAUCAAAGAAAGGACUACUAACAAAAAAGACGCUAAAAGUAAUGGUGUUAAACAACAAGUCAAUUCGAGGCUUUUAUUGGAUACUGAAUCUAGUUCCCGUAAAAAAGUAGACAGUAAAAAAGCUUCUUUUGGACCUGACCAUCCUUUGCUUCAACAUUCUGAAUACAGAUACGAAGCGCCGUAUCCUAGUAAUCAAAACCAGAAUCAAAACACGAAUCAAAACCAGAAUCAAAACCAGAAUCAGAAUAAGAAACCUGAUGAAGAUAACGAUUCUGGAAUCGCUUUAAGCAAACCACCGAUAGCUCAGAAGAAGAGUGUGUUCACCAUAGCUUACAAUGAUAUACGUACUAAACAAUUGAGAGCUGAUAGUACAACUUCUCCUUAAUUUUAAUUUUUUAACUACGGCGAUGUAGGGAAUUGAGAUAACUGAAGAAUUGCAGUAACUAAUCGGAAUUUCUGGUAGAUUAUAAGUGUCUAAAUAGUUCCACUGUACCGAAAAAUACCUAACUCUGUGACUUAUCUUUGGAUUGGGUCGCAUUCUUCCACAAAUACUUAGACCAUCUUCUACCAGUUCUUGUGAAACACGAACUUAUUGUUCUGUUUGCUCUAAACGGUUAUCAAAAUGUAUUUUUAUACUAAAUCUAUGUCAUUUAUUGUGUAAAUAAAUAAAUAGUUCAUUGAACCUUUGAUAAAAUUAUAUAACAUCUUUUCUAUAUUGAUUUGCAAAAAAAG